AUGCUUUUGCCAUCUGGGCGUAUACCCCAAACACAAAACAACAGUACUCGGUCACAAUGUCUGUUCUACAGCACGAGCUAUGCGAGUCGACUGCCCAAUGAAGUCUGGGUCUAUAUCUUGGAGAGUCUGCCAGUGCCGGAUAUUAUCCGUUGUAGACUGGUUUGCAGAAAGAUACGUCAUGUGAUCGACAACACAGCACGGAUCCAGUACCCGAUGGAGCUGUUUGCAACGGGCCAAGUGGACGGAGGAUUGGAGAGUCCGCUCUCGACCGCUGACCGCUUAGCUCAGCUGCGAGAAAUCGACCGAGGCUGGCGCACGCUCGAGUGGAAGUCACACAAGAAUUAUCCCUGGAAUGGAGACUGUCCAAACUAUGAAUUGGCCGGCGGAGUUUUUGCUCGCGGUCGCUCCACUCUUCCUGACACUGGACAGUUCGACAUUGACGACGUCCACCACUUUACCGCCGCCAUUGAUGUUAUUGUCUUUCCCUCGCGCGAUGGCACCCAGUCUGUUCCCGAGUGGUCACACGAGCGAGUCGGUAUCCUUGUUCAUGAUUUUACAAUCGCCCCCGAGGAAGAUCUGGUGGUACUGGUCGGACACAGGCAUGAAGGAGCGAUAGAUGAACCAAUUCCAAUCCAUCUCCGUACCUUGUCAAGUAACAAGCCUCACCCAAUGGCAACGCUCCCUGUGCUGUUUGCCCACCCUCAGCCACCCGAUGUUUUUAUCUCCGACUUUACCAUUCAAAUAUACAACUCAUUUCUUGGCAUCCUCUUUUGGGGAUCUCAUGCAUUUCAUCUCUUGAUUUGGGACUGGUGUACAGGCGACAUCAUAGUCGAUUAUCCCGCUCCGGCCGGUAUACAUUUCGACGACUUUUCAUUCCUUUCUGAUUCUUCAUUUCUUAUUCCAUCAAGUAGCGCAGCCGGUGCCGCUCUCAGAGUAUACUCUUUUGCCCAUCUCUUACCCUCUUCCCACCCCUCUUACAACCCACUCUACCAAGACACCAUACCUUCCCGUCCAUUUGCCGACUUUCCAAUCGGCCGAGCACCACACCAUCUCGAGUUUGAUAAUUCGGGACGACGGGUCGCUCCAGCAUGUUGGACACCUCAACGGCCCGGCGUAACCGUACGUUCAUUCCACAUGGGGAACCACAUAUUUUGCGUCAGCCAUCUCGGCGAACACCACCGUUCAAGCGAUGUUGCUCCUGCUGGUCUGUCCGGUCUGACCCGGCGUCCGCUAUUAUCUUCGCUCUUACGGUUCCCAAAACCGAAGAAGGAAUGGAACGUAGGGAUCAUGACUUGCCGGGUCGACCCAUUGCCGCGAUAUGACCUCCGGCGAUAUACUGCGUCCGAAGGACUGAAAAAGGACGAAAAGAGAAAGGGGAAGGAAAAGGCGGUCGAGGGCGAAGAAGCAUUAGAGGGACAAGAGGAGGAAGAGGAAGAAGAAAUAGAACAAGAAGAGGAAACACGGUUCGCGCCUCGCCGAGCGUUCCAUGCGGAUCCUGACCGAGCGAUCAUUGCACUCUCGAGCGGACUUGUUCCUGUUCGCUCCGGUGUGUUUGCGGGGGUGGUAUAUCUUGAUGAGGGAUCAUUAGCAUGGGAGGAAGGAGAACGGAGCGAGGAGACCUCAUCGAGUUGUGCGUCAACAUCAUCGAUGGACCAUCAAUUCUCGACCACCUAUGAGUCAACUUCUGACGACGGUGCUUCCACGUCUGCGCAUACGAACCCACCACCAGCAGGGACUCUUGUCCCGUGGAUAGACCUCCAUAUGCCCCCUUCUUCCAUUCCUAUACCCACCGAGCCUCCUUUGAUGUCUGUAUUUGAUCACUCGAGCGAAUCAAGCGGACACGAGCCGAUUCAGAUCCAAAUUCACGACGCCACUAUUGGUGAAGAAGGUGGUGGACUCGCAGGCGCCGCAGCCGCAUAUAGCCAUGGUCCCCCUAUUCAUACCCACACCCAAACUCAAGCCCCGCCCCAAGCCCCACCUCAAGCUCAACCACAGCCGCAAACUCACUUCCACCCUCAAAACGGUCCUGAACCACUUGUUAUGCCGCAACAGCCACCUCAGCAACAAGAGGAAGAGCCCCCCAUAGACGAUCUUGACCGAUUAUAUUUCAACUUGUUCGUGCACUGCUGCGCCUUGCGGAAAUUUGCGGAUCCCGAUGCGCAAGGUCCUACUCGACAAACACAUCGGCCGAGGGUGUUUGAAUGGAACGAUUGGGCCCCGCCUAUCACCCGCUUGUUAACACGAAUGCCGAUGCCUGCGUGGGCGUGUAUCUCACAUGGGCAGAGGUUCGCCACGCUGGGUGUAGUGGGGGAGGGCGUUUGGGAAGCGGAAGGUAGUGGUAGUGGUAUUUUGACUAGUAGCGGGCAAGAACAAUCAACCACGCCCAUGACUCAGCCUGACAUUGAACCUACUCCGGUUCCUAUUGGUAACAUCGACCCAUGGAUACCAGACGGCGGACCAGGCGGAGCCAACUUUGAACGCCCGGUUCGAGUACUGGACUUUAACCCCUAUGGCAUCCGACGAGGCUAUAAGGACGACCUGAACAAGACAGGGAACAAAGUUCGUAUCGUGGACGAGCCAAGCGUUUUGAAAGCGAGUAACUACUGGGAGUCCGACGUUGUCAGUUGCUUGCCCUAUCGGGAAGUCGUUACCCGUGAAGAACUUUUGCUGUCCGGAGUUAUGAUUGACGGAGAGAGGGUCUUGGGUAUGCAGAGCGAUGAAAGAGGAAACGUCUCCGCAAUGCAUGUCAUGCAGGUUUGA